AUGGCUGACGACGGUGCACACGAGAAUUCCUACGUUCAAGAAGACGAGUAUGAGGACGGACGGGGAAGUCGCCUGGAUGGGCUUCAAGCCCAUGCAGACCAUUUUCAGGUUGACGCCUUUUUCAAAGCGCUGGCAAAGGGUGGAAAGGGCUUCAGCAUUUUCAAGCGAAAACCGAAAACCCCCGGCGGCACUGGUACCACGGGUUCUGGGGGCUUUACGCUCGACGACCUGCUUAUGUUCUCAAACGAAUCUAUUCCUACUUCGUUGCUGAAGCUCAGCAAUGACCAUAUCAGCAGGGCGGUCAAGAUGUUCAGCGGCAUACUUAAGUACAUGGGCGAGACCGGCGAGCAGCUGCCGAACAUCCAAAGCCUUGAAAUCGCGCAAAAGCUGCUUCAUCAGGGCUUGAAGCGGCCUGAGCUUAAGGAUGAGCUGUAUAUGCAGCUCAUCAAGCAAACGCGCGGCAACCCGAACAUCCAGUCGCGGGUUAAGGCGUGGGAGCUAUUCCACCUUGUGGCAUCUACAAUGCCUCCCUCAAAGGAGUUUGUGACGAUGGUAUCCGAGUACAUCCACGCCGUCGCUCACGAGGAGCAGGAGGACAGCUUUGUGCGGCAGCUUGCGACACGGACAUGGAAUAGCUUGAAACGGUCGGCAAAGGCGGGGCCGCGCCGUACGCUCCCGCAAAUCGAGGAGAUUGAGGCAUUGCUCAACAGCCGUCAGCUUACGACCAUCGUUUUCUUCCUUGACGAGACGUUCGAGGAGUUGACAUAUGACGUUACGACGACUGUCUUGGAGGCCGUGGAGCAGCUGGCCAACCUGAUUAAGCUGCAAAACUAUAAUACGUUUACCCUCUUCGAGUGCCGCAAGGCAGUUGGUGCUAAGCAGGUGGGCGGGAUCAGAGGUCCGAUUGCCGACGAGCACAUCCUGCUCGACGAUAACAAAUACGUCGCCGACGUCCUCUGUGAGUUCCGCAACUCGAAGCUCACACGGGAGGGCUUCCAAAGCAAGCUGCUCUUCAAGAAGCGUAUGUUCCGGGAGACGGACGAAACUAUUACGGAGCCGCAGUUCGUGAACCUCAGCUAUGUGCAAGCGCAGCAUGAUUAUCUGCAGGGCAACUAUCCCGUUGUCCGUGAGGACGCGAGCCAGAUGUGCGCAUUACAAAUCCAGGCGGAGCACGCGUCGACGCUCAACGACAAUGAGGAGCAAAUAUUGCUCUGCAUUGAAAAAUAUAUAACGAAGCAGGUCCUGAUGACCCGGCCGCGCGAGGAGUGGCGUGCGGAUGUGACCGCUCGGUACCGUGCGCUUGAGCAGUUCAGCAAGGAGGACGCGCGACUGCAAUUCCUGCGCAUUCUGCGCAGCCUGCCUUACGGCAACUCCAUUUUUUUUGCGGUGAAGCGGAUUGAGGAUCCCAUCGGGCUGUUGCCAGCAAAGCUGAUUCUGGGCAUUAACAAGCGUGGCGUUCACUUCUUCCGGCCUGUGCCGAAGGAAUACCUCCACUCAGCGGAGCUCCGUGACAUCAUGCAGUUCGGAAGCAGCAGCACCGCUGUGUUUUUUAAAAUGCGCGUAGCGGGCGUCUUGCAUAUCUUUCAGUUCGAGACCCGGCAGGGCGAGGACAUCUGCAUGGCGCUACAGACGCACAUCAACGACAUCAUGAUGAAGCGGUACUCGAAGGCCAAAGCCAGUGCGUCGGCGGAGAAGGCGCAGCAGCAGCUGGGGCUGUCGCAGGGCAACUUCGGGCCCAAGUAUGAGGCCCACGUGGCCCAGUUGCAGCAGGAGCUUGAGGAGCACCGCAAAAAGAUCCAGCAAAUGCAGCGGCAGGAGGCGGAGCUCCGGUAUGAGUCAGAUCGGCUGCGGGGCGAGCUGGCGGACGUUAAGGAGUCUCUUGCAGAGGAGCAGGCCGCCAAGGACCGCCUCAAUGAGAGCAUAAGCCGGCUAACAGCUGAGGUUGACACGCUGCAAACGGAGCUUGCUGUUGCACGGGCUGACGCAGCAAAGAACGCCGCGGCGGGCCCGGCCACACCUAGUGCGGCAGUGGAAAACCACGCUGUGCGCGACCUGGAGGCGCUGCUUGAGGCACGCAAUCGGGAGCUGGCGGACGCGAACGACAAGUACCGCUGCUCUCAGCUUCAAAAGGAGAAGGAGCUUAUUGAAAAGAAGAUGCAGCGCAUAGAGAAGGCGAAAGAGACGGAGACCGGUGAGCUGCGCUCACAGCUUGAAGCGGUCCAGAGUGACAUCCAGGCCCAGCUGAAACUGAAGGACAGCAAAAUUACUGAGAUUAUGGAAGAGCUAGCAUCGAUCAACGCGCUGUACGUUGAGUCGAAGGCUGAGCUCGAGCAAAGCCGUGCAGACCAGUCGGAACUUGAGGAGCUGCGCGAGCUGAAGGCUGAUAUUGAGCGCAAGGAAAAGCAGCAGGCAGCAAUCAUCGACCAGCAGGCACGUCGUCUCGAAGAAUUGGAGAAGCUCUACAAGGAGGAGCAAAUUACCCGGAAGCGAUACUUCAACAUGAUGGAGGACAUGAAGGGCAAGAUCCGCGUGUACUGCCGUGUGCGGCCUAUGCUGGCUUUCGAGGUGGAGAAGCGCCAAACGUCGGCCCUUAUCCUGCCCGACGAGCUCACGGUGUGCCAUGCCUGGAAGGACGAGAAAAAGCCGCGCGAUGUAUAUCUGCAGGUGUUCCCACCAGGUACCACCCAGGACCAGGUGUUUGAAGACACCAAGCACCUGGUGCAGUCUGCGGUGGAUGGCUACAAUGUGUGCAUUUUCGCCUACGGGCAAACUGGCAGCGGCAAAACUUUCACGAUUUAUGGCAAUGAGCGCGACCCUGGGCUCACGCCACGCGGUGUGGCGGAGCUCUUUCGCAUCAUCAACAGAGACGGUGGGAAGUACACCUUCAGCGUCUCCGUCUACAUGCUUGAGCUUUACCAGGACACGCUGCAAGAUUUGCUACUACCGCCCGCUCCGAAGAAUUCCCGUCUUUCGAUUGCCGAGGUGCCGAAGCUGGAUAUUAAGAAGGAUCCCAAAGGGAUGGUGACCGUCGUCGGUGCCACAGUGGUGGAGGUAACGUCGGCGAAGGAGCUGAUGUCGACCAUCGAGGCCGGUCAGCAGCGGCGCCACGUUGCCAGCACGCAGAUGAAUCGCGAGUCAUCGCGCUCGCACCUCAUCAUUUCCAUCAUCAUCGAGUCCACAAAUCUCCAGACGCAAAGCGUUGCGAAGGGCAAGCUCAGCUUUGUCGACCUCGCGGGCUCUGAGCGCGUCAAGAAGUCCGGUUCCGUCGGGGAAAACCUAAAGGAAGCGCAGGCCAUCAACAAGUCCUUGUCCGCUUUGGGCGACGUUAUCUCGGCGUUGGCCACAGAGCAACAGCACAUCCCUUACCGCAACCACAAGCUCACCAUGCUCAUGUCCGACUCGCUUGGAGGCAACGCGAAGACGCUUAUGUUUGUCAACGUGUCGCCAACUGACGCAAACCUGGACGAGACGCAGAACUCCCUGCAGUACGCUACGCGUGUCCGCACCAUUAAGAACGACGCGACCAAGAACGAGGCGAACAAGGAGAUGCUCCGAUUGAAGAAACAGGUGGAGUACUGGAAGGAGCAGGCCGGCCUGCCAGCUGAACAGCGCGACAUUGUGGACUUCGUGGAGGUCAGUGAGACACGGAGCGCUUCGGAUUCGAUUGUGUCAGCGCCGCAGUAA